AUGCACGACAUCUUCAUGGGGGCCGUCGGUGUGGAUGCCUUUUUCGUGCUAUCUUCGUUCCUGUUGACCAUGAUUUUUAUGAAGAAAAGCAGCAAGAUGAUAGCCGAGGCAGCAUCGUAUCGGAAGUGGGGGUUCACGCUGAUCGACUACUUUUCGAAACGUUUCUUUCGGGUGUACCCCCUUUUCGCUGUCUUGUCAAUCGCGCUGUGGCUGAUGCCAUUCGAGUACAAGAAGCAGUACUAUUUGGUGAAGAAGCCCGAGGACUUUAACUUGUUCCAAACUCUCACUUUUCACCCGGAACAUCGACACUAUUUGCUGUGGACUCUACCCCUUGAGAUCUCGUACUACUUCAUCCUACCCGCGUUCGUUCUCGCUGUACUCAAGAUUGGGCGGUUCUGGUGGUUGUCCUUCAUCCCGCUCUACGCCUGGGUCUUCCACGAGGGUCUAUACACGAUUCGAGAUAAUUUCUAUCGUCAACCUCUAAGCGCGCAUCUUCCGACGUUUGUUGCGGGCUCGAUGGCUGCUGUCAUUUUCGUAAAGACGGACAUGUGGAUCAAGUCUAGCGGCUUCAAAUUCCUCACUCUACAUGUUAUCGCACUUCGAAUUGCAGAAGCCGUUCUGAUUGCUGCCUACCUUAGUGUUGUUUUCCGCGGUUUGUUCUUCAACUGGCUGGGAAUGCCACUACCGCCUGACACUCGGUACAUCAUGCCGUUCACGAGCGUCAAGUUGUCACUAUUGAUUGUUAUCGAGAUGAUUCGGCCGUCAAUUGUAGCUGAAAUCUUCGAGUGGGUGGUGCUUCGCUACUUAGGCAAGAUCAGUUUCUCCGUCUAUCUGCUGCACGUGUUCGUCAUCUUCACCAAGCCCAUCAAGUACCAAGCCAACUACUACGAUAGGACCUUCUCCAUCUUUGCUCUGGUGAUUAUGCUUGCGACCAUUUCGUACCAUGUAGUGGAAUACCCGUCACAGCUGUUGGCGCAGAGCAUUUCUCGCAAGCUAGCAAGCCUCUCCGCUGAGGAACACGAGAAGGUAGCCGAACACAGUGACACUGACAUCGAAGAAGGAGAAUCAGCUAAAGCUGAUGAACGCUUACUGCACGGCAAGAGCGCUACAGCGUUGGCUUAA